AUGGCUCCGGUCACGUCGUCGGUGGUUCAGGCCACGGCAGCAGAAGGGGGCCAAAGGAGAGAAUCUCGACAAAACCCCUCAUGUCUUGGACACAACACGACCGGGAGAAGCGAUGAGGAUGUCGCAGCCUUUCGCGAUUUGCUCCAUGUGCUCUUGGUGAGAUGGCCACCAAGGCCUUGGCACUCUCCUGCUACGGCGACUGGCCGAGUUCACUUGCCUUCUUCUCCUCGUAUUUGCUCGGGUGGUGCCGUUGCCAAUGUUGAUCUUGGGCUUGACGCGGAUGCUCAUGCGGAAGUCAAGCUCGAGAGUGGGAGUGGGCAGAGCGAGCGAGGCGGCAACAUUGUCAUCGUCGAAGUGGUGGAGAAGGUGUACCUGAUCUCUCCAACUGGGGUUGGGGUUGGGAACUGGGGCUGGGGCUGGGGCUGGGUCGUGGGACUCUUUCACAGAACCAUCCACCUCCUGAAUCGCAAAUCCACCAAUUCUGAGGCCAAGUUGGUGCAGGCGGGCAGCCAAGCUUCUGUGCUUCUCCUGGCGAGGAGCACGACAACCACCACUGCCGCCAAGCCGAGAGGAUCAACAGUCAAAAUGGCAACCUACGUAGAACCGCAAACGACUACGGAUAAGAACGAGUCGGCUGUGUCUGUCGACUACGACGCCUUGGACGACUCUCCUAUCGGUCAUCUGGCCAAGAAGCAGCGAACCACUCCCUCACCAACAACUCCCUCAACCCAUCACUCCCUCGGCCGACCACUCCCUCAACCAGCCCCAUUUGGUGAGGUCAGGUAUUACCAGGAUGAAUACGAGGAGACGAAGACAAAGACCUCGAGUGCGGUCACCAAUUGCGCUCAGGGUGACCCCAUUGCCGGUCCCGACAACAAGGCCGAUCACGAGGCUAAAUCAAAAGGCGAGCCUUCUAUAUCGGCUGACAUCUUCCGCUUCAACUGCCGAACUAGCUGCUUCUUUGACCUACACUCGCGCAACGGUCCCGGUGUACCCCACGAACAGCAACUCUGGUCCCCCAUCAAGACUGCGUUGCCGCCUAGACGCAUGUCUUAUUCUGUCGUGCCGAGCUUCCAGUCGGUUCUCAUAUACCAAAACCCUGUUAUUGGCCUCUCUUCUGUUGUGCACCAACCGCUUGCAGACUUUGAGAAGCUCAAAGCCCUGCCUCGCCGACGGGCCAAUCCAUUGGGUUCCCUAGAGGCCCAUCGACAGGUUCCUUCCAACCAAGUACUCCCAGCUUUCCUGAAUCGAUUUGCAUCUCGUUCUGCUUCCACUCCACCUUUCAAAGAGCCCUUUCGGGCUACUUCGGUUCAGUCUACUCCUCACGCAACUCUUCGUCGACGUCAUUGUCUCGACAAGAACGGCUGGCUGACUUCUCCCUCUCCGAUGCCACCUCGUUGCCGAUGGAAUAGUCCCAAGCCUCGUGUCGAGCCUUUUGGCCCAUCCAAAACUACUGGCUUACGCCCAGCCAUGCUUCACAUUGUAGAGUUUGCUGGCCACGAGCCUCCACCCCUAGCCAGCGCUACUGCGUCUCUGCGGCCAAUUGGGGCCACAGGCCAUCACGAUUGCGCAAGGUGGCAAUGCUCGGACUCUGGCAAGACUGCGGCAUACCUGAUCCCCAUCAUUUCCACCAGUCGCCUGGUUAAGACUACCGGUUGCUUCGCCGACGAGACUGACAACUUUUGGGCUAUCUCUACGUUCUAGGACAUUCACUACGUCUAUUACACAAUGAGAAAGUCG